UUCACCCGACUUCCUGCUCUGCCAUCAAAUUUUUUAACUUUAAGGUGUUAAUUGAAAUUGAAUCUUUUGUUAUAAGUUGUAGCAACUCUAAAAGGCUAUACGGAAGUAGAUUGCAGGUGCAAGCGGCGCAAAUCAUUAAGCUCAAGCUUUCGUAGCGAAGAUGAAGUUGUUUCCUUCUCAUUUGCUGAAAAUAGUAGCAGUAGCACUCUUCUUUCUUGCCCCGUCCUCAUCUUCUGAAGAUACAAUGUACCAGAACAGCGCACUUGUGAAUAACCAGAACUUGACAUCGACAGGAGAUCACUUGUUCCGACUGGGCUUCUUCAGUCUAGAUAAUAGCUCAGCAAACGGAUACUUAGGAAUCUGGUAUUGCAAUCUAACACCUCAAGAAGGCACUGUAGUAUGGAUCGCCAAUAGGAACAAGCCUGUCAACAAAUCCAUGGCAUCCUUCAACUUCACUUCCGAUGGAAAUCUAAUCUUGUUUGAGGAGGACCAAACCGUUUGGUCGACAGGAACGAGAUCCACAGGACUCAAUUAUGCACGCUUGCAGCUUUUAGAUUCUGGAAACCUCGUGCUGAACGACAGCAACUCGAUUCUAUGGCAGAGCUUUGAGCAGCCGAACGACAGCGACACGUAUCUUCCUGGUAUGAAGCUCGGAUUUAACAACCGGACCAAUACUUCAUGGCAGCAAGUGUCAUGGAAGAACUCCACGGAUCCUUCUCCGGGAGACUACAUCCGGAUGAUUCGUGCUCUACGUAUUCCGGAUUUGGUCAUUUUUAACAGAUCCGCCAAAUACCGUCGCAGCGGCCUAUGGAACGGACAUGAGUUCGUCGGCCAUCCGUCGAUGGCGAACAGCCAGGUAGCCAUAAAUUUCACGUUUGUGUCCAAUGAGAAUGAGACCUAUUAUAUGGCUAAUUCGUCGAAUCUGGUGCUGUCACGGUCGGUGUUGUGCGACAAUGGGACCUUCCAGCGUUGGUUUCUUGGCACGGGAGAGUGGCAGCUUCUGUGGUCGAUUCCGGAGGACGUGUGCGAUUUGUACAACUACUGCGGUCGAAACAAAAUGUGCACCAAGAAAUACAAUGGCCCCGACUGCCAGUGCUUGCCCGGGUUAAAGAUUGUGGAGAACGGAUGCCAGAGGGAGAAGCCUUUGAAUUGCUCGUCGAACCAGUUUUCCAAGGUGCCGAACGUGAAGGUGCCCGACACUGAGAACGCUACAUCACGAGGAAAGAUGAAUCUCGAUGACUGCAAGAAUUUGUGCUUGAAUGAUUGCUCCUGUGUGGCAUAUGCGGUGAUCAGUGGGUCUUAUGGAUGCAUAACUUGGACUGGUGAUCUGUUGGAUAUCAGAACUUUUGAUGAUGAAGGACGAAAUGAUUUAUACAUUCGACUGGAUCAUCAGAGUACGAUUAAUCAAACUUCUGUCUUUUUUUUCCUACCAGAAUCAUCAACAAAGAAGCACGCGUGGGUGGCGAUAGCCAUUCCUCUGUUGCUGGGAUUUUUUCUAUUAUGCGGUGUGGGCGUACUCGUGCGGUGGAAGAGAAACAGAGCGUCGACCAGAUUGCUAUUACAGUUGCCAAAUGUAUGCGAAGGUGGCUCGACUCCUGAUGAUGUAUCAGAGUCAAGGUCGUCGGUCUCGAUCGACUCUGAAGAUUCUCGUGAUCUGCAUAAUACUGAUAAAGGAGUAGGUUUGCUCAACACAUUGGGUUUACUACCUUCCUACGAUUUGUGUACAAUAAAAAAUGCGACAAAUAAUUUCUCUGAUGGAAACAAACUUGGAGAAGGUGGAUUUGGUGUGGUUUACAAGGGACAAUUAGAAGAUGGACAAAGGAUUGCUGUCAAGAAAUUAUCCAGAAACUCCUCACAAGGCCCAAAUGAGUUCCAAAAUGAACUCUCGUUGAUAGCCAAGUUGCAACAUAGAAACCUUGUUCGUCUUUUGGGUUGUUGUAUCGAAGGCGCCGAGAGACUUAUCGUUCUUGAAUAUAUGGAAAACAAGAGCUUAGAUGCCUUUAUUUAUGAUAAAACAAAAAGUUCUUUGCUAGAUUGGCAAAAACGUCUUGACAUUAUAAUUGGAAUUGCUCGAGGCCUUUUAUACCUUCAUCAAGACUCUAUCUUGAGAGUCAUUCAUCGUGAUCUUAAGCCAAGUAAUAUCCUCUUGGAUAGAGAUAUGACUCCAAAAAUUUCAGAUUUUGGCAUAGCAAGAAUAGCUGAAGGAGAGAGAGAUCUUGCAGAUGGAACUACUAGACCAAUUGGAACCUUUGGAUAUAUGGCACCUGAAUAUUUAUCAUGCGGGUAUUUUUCAUUUAAAUCAGAUGUGUUCAGUUUUGGCGUGAUAGUGCUAGAAAUCUUAAGCGGCAAGAGGAAUAGAACAUUCGGCCAAGCAAAUUCAGGUUUAAACCUUUUACAACAUACAUAUAGACUUUGGAAGGAAGGAAGAUCCUUGGAUAUUCUUGACGAUGCAGUAAGCUGCUCGUAUCCAACAAUCAAAAUCCUACGCUGCAUCCGAAUGGCUCUUUUGUGCGUACAAGAUAACUAUGAAAACAGACCAACAAUGACAGAGGUGGUGAUGAUGUUAACAAGUGAGGAUCAUUUGAUUCCACUUAAGCAACCCAUAAUAACAUCAACUCGUAGUGACGGAGAUUAUACUACCAAAGAAAUGAGUAUCACAAUCACAGGUCGAUGAAUUAUGUGUCCUUCACUUAUUUGAAUAUAAUUUUAUCAUAAACAAUACUUUUA